CGUAAGGUUGACAUGAACACUUGACUUGUAGAAUUCGUCAUGCUGAAAACUGCCAUCCUCAUCGCGGUGAUAACCCAGGCUUGGGCGAUGCCCGAGUUGGGAAGAAGUAUGAACAGACUGAGGCGGGAAGCAGCUUCCGACUCAAGUGAUUCCUGCCAAACGGCUGUCCAGUGCGGGGAGACCUUUGCGGCCUUAUUCGUUGACAAUUCGACUUCUACUGCGGAUCAGGAGUGUGGUUACUUCUCUAGCUACAUCGACUGCUUAGAUGCAGUUGUUGACCUGUGUCCUGCAGUCAAUUCCUUAUCCGUUUACUGGCUGAGGCGUGGGAAAUAUUAUCUUUGCAAUUAUCCAUGGAAAGCCUGCACCGUUGCCUUCCCUUGUGCGACAGACUUCAUGAAUAUGUAUACUGGGAACUUUGGCCAGGCUGGAAGUGAUGAUUGCAGCAAUGCGAUGACCUACAAGAACUGUCUGAACAUAUAUGAUGAUUCCUGUCCAUGGAUAAGGCAACUUUACAUCAUGCACGACGCCGAAUGGAGACUCUCCCAGGCGUGCGCAAACAGCAAAUAAACAUCUUUUCCGAUGUCCCAGACUCCCACCAGUACGUUCGAAAAUGAUUGCACUGGUGUACGCUGAAACGACACUCGAUUUCUGGGCAAAGUCAUUGGAAUAAAGUUUUUCAAAGU